AUGAUGGAUCUCGUGAAGGUACAUCGUAAUGGUACUAGAUAUGUUGGUCAAUUUGUGGAUGAUGUUAAACAUGGAAGAGGUCUAGCAAUGCAUCGUAAUGGCUUGAUCAAUGCCGAGGUGUGGGAUAGGGGUAUACUAGUCAGCAAGGCACCUGUAUUUGAGGAAAUAUACUCUAAUAAUAGUCAGCAGCAAUUACAGGAUGGUGUUGUGUCCCCUAGAACCUCUUACUUCGGAGCUUAUGAGUGGGGAUCAAUCACCACCCAACUUACUUGA